UUCCUGGGCUCGUCCAAUGUCAUUUGCUCAUCUUUCACUCAUUUCUCCCGCUGCUGUCACUGGUCAACUCCAGCUACCCAUCAAGGUAAGUGCUGGUUGCGAUACAAUGGGUCGCUACUGUGACGUUGGAAUUUCCACGGUCCCUCAUUCGAAAGUUCUUAUUCAACGCUCGUCCAGUUAAUUCUGUUCUUGUAAUUGUCCGUUUUCUUAUUGUCAUUGGGAGACUCCUGCGCACGACAAACGCCGGCUAUAGUGUCACCGUAUAUAUUUCUGAGUGCAUAUAUUUCGUCCGGCGUCCUCCUUCCACUGCAAUCUGUUGGUCCUUACCAUCUACUUCCACUGCACUGGGUCCUCGCAGUUUAUGUCCAGUCUCUAGGCGUCCAUCAGAGUUGUCUGUAUAAUCUUGGCCUAGCCUCAAAAGUUCUUCAACCAUGGAUCCGUUCAGCUCCACAUGGACCCUUUUCUCCAGGCACGUCCCGAUGGACGAUGAGCACCAUGAACCCGGGCAGUGUGACACCGGUAAUGAGUUCGACGGUCAAAUGGGCCUCCGCAUAUCCGCCAUCUUCGUCAUUCUGGUCGGCUCGCUCUUCGGCGCAUGGUUUCCCGUCUUCGCUCAGCGACAUGCCGGGUCGUGGAUUCCGGAGUCCUUCUUCUUCAUCUCCAAGUUCUUCGGCUCCGGGGUGAUCAUCGCCACGGCUUUCGUUCAUCUCCUAGCUCCCGCACAUGAGGCGCUUUCGGCUUCAUGUCUCACUGGCCCCAUCACGGAGUACCCUUGGGUGGAAGGGAUCUCCCUAAUGGCGGUGUUCUCCCUGUUCGUUUUGGAGAUUGUAGCCAUGCGGUACGGGAUGCCAGGUGGACAUGCCCAUACGCACACGCAUAACCACGAGCACCCUACUGGAGACGCCUCUAUCCCCCUUAAGGUGGAAAGUUCCGAAACCACCGCCACCACCGUCACCAAUGAACCGGCCACCAAUGGAACGGCCACCAAUGGAACGGCCCGCGAAGGAGGCAGAAUCAACACACUCUCUCCUGGAGCCGACCACUUCGGCCACGCCCGCUCGCACGUCGACAACAGCGACGCGGAGCACGGCGGGGUGUCCCCUGAGAGCCUCGCCGCGCAGAUGACCUCCAUCUUCAUCCUCGAAUUCGGCGUCAUCUUCCACAGCAUCUUCAUUGGGCUCACCCUCGCCGUCGCCGGGGAGGAGUUUAAAAUCCUGUAUAUCGUCCUCGUCUUUCACCAGACCUUCGAAGGGCUCGGUCUCGGCGCCCGGCUCGCCAUGAUCCCCUGGCCGGCCCACCGGAAAUUCAUGCCGUACGGGCUCGCUAUCGCGUACGGCCUCAGCACGCCGAUCGCCAUUGCGGCCGGGUUGGGGGUGCGGACGUCGUACGCGCCCGGGUCGCAGACCACGCUGAUCGUCAACGGGGUGUUCGACAGCAUCAGCGCGGGGAUCCUGAUCUACACGGGACUGGUGGAGUUGAUGGCGCACGAGUUCAUGUUUAGCCCGACCAUGUCGAAGGCCCCGGCGAAGACGGUCAUGAGCGCGAUUGGGUUGAUGGCCCUAGGUGCCGGGUUGAUGGCCCUGCUAGGGAAGUGGGCGUAGGAUGUUCGAUGCCGAUGAUGAGCGUUCUGAAUUGAGACACGACCAAACAUAAAGGCGUUUGCGGAGUUUGAUAACCAGUUGUGAGGUUAGGAUAUGGGAUAUACCACAGGCAGUGGAAAAAUCGUUCGGCGUCGGAG